UAAAUGAGCCACACAGAAACCAUGUGAAAGGCAGAACAAGGGAGGGAACUCACAGUUGAAAGAAGAAGGAAGGUAAAUGUGUGAGAGCGAGACUCACACUUCAGUGCGUUGGGUGAGAUCCAGCCGGUCAGCACACACACACACACACACAGACACACACACACACACACACACAUUUACUGAAACUCACAUACUGGAGGGAGCUGACAAGUGUAGUGUGUAGUGCCAUGAGCCAAAAAUGAUGGAUUCCCAGAACCGAGCCGCCUUGGACAUCUCCACCAGGAACCCCCAGGAUGACUUUGAGAUCCAGUUGCGAGUUGGUGGAGGAACCUAUGGCGAGGUUUACAAGGCUCGGAAUAAGCAAACAGAUGAGCUGGCAGCCAUCAAGGUCAUCAAAAUGGAGCCAGAGGAUGAUUUCUCAGUGAUCCAGCAGGAGAUUGUUAUGGUGAAGACAUGUAAGCAUCGUAACAUUGUGGCCUACUAUGGCAGUUACAUAAGGGCCAAUAAAUUGUGGAUCUGUAUGGAGUACUGUGGGGGGGGAUCCUUACAAGACAUUUAUCAUGUAACAGGACCACUCUCUGAAAGCCAGAUUGCCUACGUGUGCCGGGAGAUGCUCCAGGGCCUUGAUUACUUGCAUGGACAGAAGAAGAUCCACCGAGAUAUAAAGGGUGCAAACAUCCUUUUGAAUGACCAAGGAGAGGUCAAGCUAGCUGAUUUUGGCAUUGCUGCACAGAUCACAGCCACGUUCGCCCGUCGCAUGUCGUUCAUUGGAACUCCCUAUUGGAUGGCACCAGAGGUGGCUGCAGUGGAGAUUAAGGGAGGCUACAAUGAACUUUGUGAUAUUUGGUCAGUUGGUAUCACCGCCAUCGAGUUGGCAGAACUACAGCCGCCAUUGUUUGAUGUCCAUCCUCUCCGGGUACUCUUUCUUAUGUCUAAGAGUGGAUACCAGCCUCCAAAGCUCAAGGAUAAGACCAAAUGGACUCCCAUGUUUUACAACUUCGUAAAAGCCAUGCUUAUCAGAAACCCGAAGAAGAGGCCGAGCGCUGCAAAAAUGCUCACACACCAGUUUGUGAUUCAGCCAGGCCUAAGGCAGGCGCUGACCCUGGACCUGCUCGAGAAGCUACAGCAUCCAGAAAAGCUGAAGGACUGUUUAUUAACAGAAGAGGAGGACAUGGAGAUAAAUGUUCCAAGUUCACUCCGAAGAAUCCAUUCCAUUAACCGACAUAAUCAAGCAGAGAGGACGAAUUCUGACAUCAGCUUGCAGCAGAUCUACACACAGAGACCGCUGAAGGCAAAGACUGAUUCCCCAGAUGCAACAUUACGGUCAGAUGGGUGUCGAUGGAUAGAAUCUCCUGAAACAGACAAAAAGUGGACAGCGAGAAAUGAGGAUGUUGGGUCGGAUGAUGACUAUGAUGAUGUAGACAUACCCCUGAACUACAGCAGCAGUGAGACUGCUGCAGAUAACACCCCUCCUCCACUUCCUCCAAAGCCAAAGGUUCGGACAAGUUCAGAGGAGAGUGUGGUGAGUGAGGAUGAUCACGGUCGCUCACAGCACACCCUCCUGCCCCCUCUCCCCCCCCUGUACCGCACAUCCAGCGGGACACACACACGGCCAACCCCACGGCCUCGCUCUACAAGAAACACCAACUCAGAUCCUUCAUCUUUUGCAACCAAUAGAACAGACAGUCCUGCCGAACCCCAACCACCAGAGCUGCCUCCGAAGAAAGAGAGGAGGAGACGGCAGCCCAAACAGGAACCAGUUGAAUGUGCUAGCCCCGUGUCAAGAAAACUGCCAAUUAUAUUUAAGAAAGUAUUUAAUGGAUGCCCUCUGAAGAUAAACUGCUCCACCACAUGGGAGCACCCAACCACUAAAGAUCAGCACCUCAUAUUCGGAGCGGAUGCCGGAAUAUUCAUGCUGAAUCUCAGUGGGACAGAAGCCACAAUGGAACUACUUUACCCAGGGAAAUGCACUUGGGUCCAUACCAUAAGUAGUGUACUUAUGUCAAUAUCAGGGAAGUCAGCUCAAAUACAUUCACAUUCUAUGAAAGAGUUGUAUGAGCAAGCUAGAAAAGACCAUCGUAUGGUUGCCUUACCCACUCACCGACUGCUUCCAAGGAAAUGUGUAAUAACUACGAAAAUACCAGACACCAAGGGCUGCCAAACAUGUACUCUAGCCAGAAACCAACUGCGAGAUUGUGUGUUUCUAUGUGGUGCACUGGAGUCCACUGUCGUGUUGCUACAGUGGUACGAACCCAUGCACAAGUUCUUGCUCAUCAAGACAUUUGAUUUCCCACUGCCCACUCCUCUGAGGGUGUUUGAGAUGGUGGUGGUUCCUGAUCAGGAGUACCCCCUCGUGUGUAUUGGAGUCACCAGGAUGGGCAGUCCAGACCAGCCUGUUCAGCUAAACACCAUAAACCUGAACUCCAACACAUCCUGGUUUUCUGGUACAGGGCAAGAGGCCUGCUGUGCCGAAACAGUGCAGGUGAACCAGCUGGACGCUAGCACACUGCUUGUGCUCAUUGACAACUCAGCUUAUUUUGUGAACUUGGAAGGCUCCGUGAGGAGUCAGAGGAGGUUGCAGUCUGAGGUUUCCUUCCACUUGAGUGUAGAGGCUAUUGUGUACUUUGAAGGUACAUUGCUGGCCUUGUGGAGACAUGGUUGGCAGCGGAGAGGAGAGAACCUUUCUGAGAUUCUUCAGGAGACCACCGACCGCAGGAAGACUUAUCGUCUAGUGGGGUCAGAUAGUAUGGUUGUGUUGGAAACAAGACCAACUGAGGAACAGUCUGGUCACUGCAACCUUUAUAUCCUGGAGAUUGCUGAGCGCUUCAUUCUUGUACCUUGAGGAGUUUACUGCAUCCAGGUGUCAUCGGGAGAGUACCCUAUCUCCACCAUGCUGAACUUUCUCAUAAACUAAGAUGUUAUAAUUAUCUCACUGAACUAUGUGUGCCCAAGGGAUAGAACACAUCUGCUGCGUCAAGGAUCCCCCCACGAACCACAUGUGCCAUCUUUGUCUAAUGUCAACCAAAGUAUACCACUGUAUGGAGUCCCCUAUUAUCUAUGUCUCCCCUGCUGAUGUACCAUCAUUCAUAUGUGGACAAUGGGGGGGACUUGUUUUGGCUAAUUUGUUCUUGGACUGCUUCUGGUGGAGUCCUCCUUUUAGAUGACGCUGGGGAGCUUGUUUGUGAGGAAGGAGACCCUGAGUGUUUUUGUGAUACCACUGGAGGGGAAAGACCUCAUCAUCAGUGCAGAGGUUACCCUCUGUCCUCUCCAGGGCCCACUAGAACACUAGAAACAUUUCCAUAGCCUUGGCAAAGAUGCCUGCCACAACAGUUUGGAGUGUUUGAAAGCAAUGCCCCACUACAUCUUAAAACAGAUCAAUACCAGUUACAGCUCCAGAAAUUCGGAGGCUUAAAAUCGUCAUAUAUAUGUCACAAAUACUCUUCUUGUCGGGCCCUGGUAGUUCCUCUCUGUGUUCACACCAGUCACAAUGGAUCGUUCUUUUCCCCAGGCCGCUACUGUAUCACCAGCAUCAACAAGCCCCUUCACACAUGCCAGAGUCAAAGGAGCCAAACACAGGGACAGUAGGAUAUGGCUGUGCACUGAAACUAAUGUUAAAUUGGCUUGGGAUGGUGGGGUGUGUGUUUUACUGUGAGGGAAGUCCUUGUGGUGUUAGCUUGUGGUGUUAGCUUGUGGUGUUAGCUUGUGCUCUCAUUUGUGUUUCCUGUCUCUCUUCCUGUUUGAAAGUGCGACUUUAGAGAGCUGUGUGAACAGUCUAUUAAAAAAGAGGGGCACAGCAGUUUAAUGUGUUUUUUCCCUUCUCUGAGUGCACAUAUACACAUACCAGCUUAAAGUAUGCCAGCAUUGGGCAGGGGCUACACAACGUUUUUGUGCUCACAUAAAGAAACUCUUUAGAAAUCUGAAGGAGGAUUCAUAGACACUUGAUGAUAGGAGUCUAGUUAUCCUAACAUAUUCAUGGCGUCUUCAUGGUCUGACUAAAUUGUCAGUGUAUUGGACAGAAUUGCUUGGCUCUGAACCACCAGUGAAGUCAUAUUAAGUCUUGUUUUCACACUUCAUUAUCUUAAGAGCGCCUAUUUUGUUUGUGGCAAUUCAGUGGAAUGGCCCAUGUCCCCUGGGCAGGUUGUGUUGAAAUCUGGCAAUAAAAUAAAUUAUACCAAGG